UGCGCAUGCGGUCCUGGCGCAGCCGGAAAGGAAUAAUGCUGUCAGCAUGUCUGCACACUCCAUGCUCUGUGAACGAAUCGCCAUCGCCAAGGAACUGAUCAAGAGAGCAGAAUCACUGUCUAGAUCAAGAAAAGGCGGCAUAGAAGGUGGCGCAAAGCUGUGCAGCAAAUUGAAGGCAGAGUUAAAAUUCUUACAGAAAGUAGAAGCCGGGAAAGUAGCAAUUAAGGAAUCCCAUCUGCAGAGCACUAACCUAACACACCUAAGAGCCAUCGUGGAAUCAGCAGAAAACUUGGAAGAAGUUGUUAGUGUUCUUCAUGUCUUUGGUUACACAGAUACCAUGGGAGAAAAGUAGACCCUAGUGGUGGAUGUGGUUGCCAAUGGUGGUCAUACGUGGGUGAAAGCCUGGGUGAAAGCCAUUGGCCGAAAGGCUGAAGCUCUUCAUAACAUCUGGCUGGGCAGGGGCCAGUAUGGUGACAAAAGUAUCAUUGAGCAGGCUGAAGACUUCCUCCAGGCCAGUCACCAGCAGCCAGUGCAGUACAGCAACCCUCACAUCAUCUUUGCAUUUUACAACAGCGUCUCCAGCUCCAUGGCAGAGAAGCUCAAAGAAAUGGGCAUUUCUGUGAGAAGAGACAUAGUAGCCGUUAACUCUCUGUUAGAUCACCCAGAAGAGAACCAGCCCAGGGAGAGUGAGUCAGAUGAUGAGGGCCCUGAAUUUUUGCAGGUGACCCAAGUGGACCGAGAAAAUAUUCUAGCAAGUGUUGCCUUUCCAACAGAAAUUAAGGUCGAUGUGUGCAAAAGAGUGAAUCUGGACAUUACGACUUUAAUUACAUAUGUAUCUGCCCUCAGCUAUGGAGGCUGCCACUUUGUCUUCAAAGAGAAAGUGCUUACGGAACAAGCAGAGCAAGAGAGGAAGGAGCAGGUUUUGCCACAGCUGGAGGCGUUUAUGAAGGACAAGGAGUUGUUUGCCUGUCAUUCCGCUGUCAAAGACUUUCAGUCUAUUCUAGAUACCUUAGGAGGACCUGGGGAGAGAGAGAGGGCCACUAUGCUGAUUAAGCAAACUAAUGUGGUACCUGACCAGCCUUCUGAGCGUGCCUUGAGACUAGUGGCCAGUUCAAAAAUCAAUAGCUGCUUGCUAACAAUUUUUGGGACAGGAGACAUUCUAAAAGCCAUCACGAUGACUGUCAAUAGUGGUUUUGUCAGAGCUGCCAACAACCAGGGUGUUAAAUUUAGUGUGUUUAUCCAUCAGCCUAGAGCACUUACUGAGAGCAAAGAGGCUCUCGCCACCCCUUUACCAAAAGACCACACAACCGCUAUGAACACUGAUGAUACCCUUUAA